UUGAUUUCUCGUAACCACUCGACUGCCCUCAAAAGCUUUAAACCGUGGAGUGUACUGUUUUUGCACCUUUACGACUUAAAUUAUAUGAUAGCUCCCAGUGAACGGGAACCUGAGAGCCGAAGCUCCUCUCCUGCUCUCGGUUUCCCUCGAUUCCUUUUCUUCCGGUACCGGCGCUUGAGGUAACCAGUCACCAUCAGAAUCAAGUAAAAAAAAAAAAGAAAAGAAAAUUCAUCGCAUUUUGCUUUAUUUAGAUCUAUUUUCAGAUUCUAUGCCGACAUCUAAGAGUAAACGGAGGGGACAAGAGCAGAGCCGGAAAGGAAUCUCGGAAAAAUCGAUGUCGUUUCACGGGAGACCGCCAACCAUGAUCGUGGCAGAGAAACAGUUGAGAAGGCCAAAGACGUUACCUGAUUUGCUUCCGGAUAGGAGCCUCGUCAGUUUGUCGCCGGAGAAUAAGCCGUUGUUAACGAAGCUGCUGUUAAACGUUACGGUUCAGGGAAGCGUAGGUGCCGUACAAGUCAUUAUGUCAUCGGAAAACACAGUCGCCGACCUGGUCGCCGCCGCCGUGAAGCAGUGCGUCAAAGAAUGCCGGCGACCGAUCUUGCCGACCGCCGAUCCGUCCAGCUUCGACCUCCAUUAUUCACAGUUUAGCUUAGAAAGCUUGGAAAGAGACAAGAAAUUGUGGGAACUUGGAUCCAGAAACUUCUUUCUGUGUCGAAGAAAAGGUGAAGUGGAGAGUGAAGCAUCGACGUCGUCUUCAACAUGUUCAAAGGAGGCAGAAAAGGUUAACAAGGGAGGGACUCCUUGGCUCAAGUUCAUGGGUUUCUAGUUAAUUUGUGGUGUUAAAAAGGUUAUAUUAUUACAGUUGAAGUAUUCUGGCAAAUAAGAAAUUUGUGGAUUGGAUUACGUUUGAUCAAGAAGGUGGUAAUAUUUUAUGAUUCUUGAAGAGAUUGAAUAUCCAAUCAAAUCAUUAUAAAAAUUGUACAGUAUCAUGUCUUUGUUUUACAUUAUAUAGAAAAUAAAAACUCAUUUAUUGUAA